GUGGAUGGUCUCGCGACAAGCACGUCAGAAGGGUCCACUCGCACUCACUCAUGGGUGUAUGUAGGUAGCUCUGCCACAUAUGCUGAGCUCUCACACACACAGGCUCCAUCCAUCCAUCCAUCCAUCCAUCCAUCUCUCCCUCCAUCAAACUAGACUGUACACAUCAUCGCGGACCCAAAAUCGGCUGCUGCCUCGGUCGGUCAUCGCCACUCAGAAUUGCACGCCCGGCGCGACCGCCCUCAGGAAAGUGCGUGCGGUCUUGACCUCGAGCAUUGGGUCUUCGUCAGGCCCGCCCUCGCCCGAUCCCAUCUUCUUGACCAUGUCGUUGUAGUUGGACCUGGCCUUGGCCUCGUCCCACCCCUGGAUGUCACUGACGUCCUCCACAAAGGCCAUCACAUAACCAGGACCAACAACCGCACCACCGUUGGACACAACUGCAGACAGCCGACACACAAAUGGGUGCGGCUUGCGGGUGCGCAUGUGGGUGUGAGUGUGGGUGUGGUCCACUGACCGGCUGAGUAGAGGUCUCCUGCGUUGUUGUAUAGCUUGGCGCCGCCCAGUGCGGUGCCGAGAGGCUUCCCCUCCACACGCAGCACACCGAUGUCAUCCAGUGUCAGCAGAACGGGCUCGUGGCCAGGCAGCACCUGCACCAAGACGCAGAGGGAUGCCACCAGGCCGUCAUGCCCACAGUCCGUGGCACUCAUUCAUUCGCUGUCUGCCUGCCUGACCUCGAUAUCUCCGACUUCCUUGAGUGGCAGGACCACUCGCGAGGCCUCAAAGCGAUAGGUGCCCAGCUCACGCACCACCAGCCAGAACUGCAGCGGCUCAGAUCUGGACGACGCGCUCAUCCGCAGCGGAGAUAUAGACCUCCUGCACCACACACACACACAGACAGGCAGCCAAUCAGUCAAAUCGGCAGAUCUGACCCAAUCUUCGCCAGAUGCAGGUGCGGCUGGCUCUCUUGCAGACGUGCAGAUGGUCUCUCUUACCUCAUGUAUCUGCCUGCUGCAGAUCCUGGGGGGGUCUGGAGGAAGGCCUGUGAUGGUGCAAAGGCAUGGGCGAGGCCAAGAGGUGCCGCCGCGAGGCAGAUGACCAGCCACACCAGCUUCAUUGUCAAACCACAAUGCCUACUGCCUCUUCAAAUCAAACCCAAUCCGCACACCACUGCG